UUUUUAAUAAAUGCUAAAUAAAUACACACACACAGACGAGCAUAUAUGUAUAUAUACCCGAUAUAUAUAUGCCUGUAUAUGCCGUCGAGCCGCGAUCGCGAGUAAGAUAGCAAGAAAAUCGAGAAAAGAAAAUCCUGAGACCGCAAACCACUAAAAGAAUAAAAUUAUAAACCAAAUCCGAACCAGACGAAGUGCCCCAAAAAUCAAUAACAAACCAGUUCAACCUCCCCUUUGGAUUAAAAAAAAACAUAUAUCUUUUGGAUACAAACAGAACCAGAAGGAUUAUACAACCGCACCACCAGCAUAUAUGGUGAAUAAUAGCGGAAUUUGUUUCACGGAUUGCUUUUGAAACUCAAUAAGGCAAUCGAGUAGAGUCUCUGAUCCUGCGGCCAGACUGCAAAAGGAUGAAGGCACAUCGAGCUGAAUCCGGGCGCAGUGAUUAUCAUAGAAGGCAUUGAGAAGCCGCCAGGAGACCCACGGAGAUCUCGAGGUGGAGGAGCGGAGCGGAGGCGGAGGAGGAGAGGAGCGGAGUGCAGCUGGGGGAGAAUUGGUUACAACACUACAUGGAUCGCAGAAAUGGCGGCGAUCCCUUGGCGCCACCCCGGCCCCCGAAAUUGUUACCCCGUGUGCAUCGACCAAGGGCGCCGGAGCCGACGUUGAGCGGUGCCGACUUAGUAGCAACACCAGCAACACUAGCAACAGCAACAGCAACAGCAACAGCCACACACAACAACAAUUCACAGCAGCAACUUAGUAUUAACCCGAUCAGCAACAACAACAUUAACAAUAACAUCAGCAACAGCAACAACAACAAUAAUACAAUAUCGAUAAUACCCGCAUCGGCAACGGACUUCGACGACUAUCAGAUCCAUCACCUGACCUUCCUGCCCCAGAGACCGAGCAGCCUGAGCCGGAACAGCAGCACCGCUUCCGCCUCGACGACGGCAACGAACUCCGGAUCGGGUUCGGGCUCUGUGACGGGAUCCUCGUCCAGUUUCACGCGUCGGAGACCGCCGGCACCGGCGCCUGUUGCCACUGUAGCGGUGCCACUGAGUGGCACAAUCCACAGCCACAACAACAACAAUAACAACAACACCAUCAACUUCCUUAGUCAUUUCCAAAGCGCCGACCCAGCAGCGGUGAUCAGUAGCAGUAGCAAUAGUAAUAGCAACAGCAACACCACUACCGCUGUCCAGGGCCACCAGCCCCCCGCCUCCCCCGUCACGCUGGCGCAACCGCGACCCGAGUCCGAAAGGCUAACCAACGAGUAUGUGGACACGCCGCUGCAACAUGCGACGCGCUCCCAACACCCGGCUGGCCAGCAGGAUAAUGGCCAGACAACGACCCACCAUCUGUUGCUGUUGCCGCAACGCCAGCAGCACCACCAUCACCUGCAUCCACACCACCACCAGCACCAGCAUCAGCAUCAACACCACCAUCCCCGACUGGCGGCGACGCAGAUGCAGGGGAUGCCCCACAACAUCGCGAUACCCAUACCAGGAGCUGGCAGCGAUCACACCGACGGCUUACUACAUUCGCACCUGCAACAGCAGCAACAUGCCACCAGCAAGUUGCCCACAGCAGCAUCAGCACUACCCGCCUCGAAGCAACUGCAACAGCAGCAACCUGCGAUCAUUACCAAGCAGCCGGGACCCGCCAGCAAGGAGCACAUGCACGCCCUGGAGGAGCUGCUCCAGCAGCAGCCCGGCGGAGUGGCCGGCAACGCGAUCGUAAUGGGCGGCGACCCCGCCCUCCUCAACCCGAUCGUGUGCCCGCGGUGCGGCAGGUGUCGGUGCGAGCAGUGCCAGAGCCCCAGGCCGCUGCCACAGACGUGGGUGUGCAACAAGACCUGCCUGUGCAGCGCCGAAUCCGUAAUCGAUUACGCCUCCUGCCUGUGCUGUGCCAAGGCCCUGUUCUACCACUGUGCCCGGGACAACGACCUGGACUGCGACGACGGCAACGGCACGCCCUGCGUGGACAAUCCCUGCUCGUGCGGCCCCUACAAGCGCACCCAGAGAUGGGGCUGGCUGGGGGCACUGUCCAUCUUCCUGCCCUGCCUGUGGUUCUACUGGCCCAUGAGGGGUUGCAUGAAGCUGUGCGAGAAGUGCUACGGCCGGUUCGCCGGACGCGGCUGCCGCUGCCAGGGCGUGGCGGGCAUCGGAUCCACCAGCAGCAUGCUCCCGAUCGUGCCGGUCGGCGUGAACGGGUCGGGAAAUGGCGGCGUCAUGCCACCGGGAGCUGGCAAUCCCGGGGCGGGCCUAGCGGCUCUCAGCCAGGCCAAUGGCAAGGCCAUCGACCAUGGCUGCAGUGCGGCCAGUCGCAUCCUGCGCAAAGGAGACCUCACGCCGGAGAAGCGCCUCCUGGACUCCAGUCCCGACUACUAGGUGGGCGGUUUUUCCGCUUGGAAAAAUCUGAGCCACCAGUGGGUGGGGGGAUGGAUGGAUGGGAGGGAGGAGGAAACACAUACCCAUAUAUACUGUAUACACUUGAAGAAAAUAUUUAAUAUAUGAUUUAAAAAGGAGGAUAUGAUAUAAAAGAAGGAAAAAAAGAGGAAAGAAAAAUUAAAUAACCAAAGACUGCAAACAGAUAAUUAUUAAUUAUUAGAAAUGUUAUUUAAAAAAUAAUUUUUGCUUAAUUAAAAAGAGAUAGAAAGAGAGAGAGAGAGAGAGAAGUGGGGCGAGAAAACGAUACGAGCGAUUAGGAA